UACUUUCACUUCCCGCUCCCAUUCCAAAACCGCCCUGCGCCGGCCAUGCCACCGCCGUCCUCCUCCCGCUUCUCGCCGGAGCAAGAGACCUCCAUCAUCGUCUCCGCCCUCGUCCACGUCCUCUCCGGCACUUCCGCCUCCCCCUCCGACCUGAUCUUCCUCGCCCUCCCCUGCCGCCUCUGCCGCAUCGACGGCUGCCUCGGCUGCGAGUUCUUCGACGGCAUGACGACGACGACGACCACCACCACAGCUAGAAGCAGCGGAGGGCCGGCGAAGGCCCCGAAAAUUAGUGGAAGACAGAGGAAGAGCAAGUACCGCGGCGUGCGGCAGCGGCCGUGGGGCAAGUGGGCGGCGGAGAUCCGCGACCCACGGCGGGCCGCGCGCAAGUGGCUCGGCACCUUCAACACCGCCGAGGAGGCUGCUCGCGCGUACGAUCGCGCCGCCCUCGAGUUCCGCGGCCCCCGCGCCAAGCUUAAUUUUUCACCGCCUUCAUCCGCCGCCUCUCUGCCGGCGCCGAUUAAUAAUAAUCCGCCGCCGCUGGCGGCGGAGCUCGCCGAUCUGCAAAUGGAGCCGCCGUGGGACGUGAUCAUGAUCGACGAAGACGAUGAUAUCUGUCAAUUUUUUUAAUUAGGAAUAGAUAAUUGAUUUAAUUUAUACGAUUAAUUUAAGUUCUCUUAUUGAAUUCACUCUAAAUCUUCCUUUUUUUUUCUUUUUUUUUUUUGUUUUUUUGAAAAUUAGUGUUAAAUUUAAAUGAUACCAAAUGUUUCCUUUGACUCGUUUUGAGCGAGUGUUGGAAACGUAUGAACCUGUCCCCAGGACGAGUGUCAUUAAGUUGUCGUUACGGUAUAUAAAUUGUCAUUCAGGUAUUUAUGAUUCGAA